UCUAUCCCUUUCCAGUGGGUAUCAUACGGCUGACCACCUCCUCCCUUCUGAUUGAAUACCUGAAAUGGCGUUAAAUGGUAAAAUCGCCGUAGUGACCGGAGCAGCCCAGGGGAUAGGAAAAGCAAUAACAGAGUUACUCCUGCAAAACGGGGCUAAGGUUGCCCUCUUGGAUACGAAUAAAACUAAAGGGGAGAGUUUGAAGGAAGCCCUGGACCAACUGUAUGGAGAACAGAGUACUCUCUUUCUACACUGUAAUGUUGAAUCAGACGAGCAAAUCAAAGCUGCCUUUCAAGAAACUCUAGCAACAUUUGGAAGAAUGGACAUCCUGUGCAACAACGCUGGCAUCUUGAAUGAAGUAGAGUGGGAGAAAACUAUCUCCAUAAACCUCGUGGCUGUUGUCAGGUUUACCUACCUGGCUCUGGAGCACAUGAACGAGAUGACUGGAGGUCAGGGAGGGGUCAUCGUCAACACUGCAUCCAUGGCAGGUCUGGGUCCUGGAAAAAGCUGUCCUGUCUAUACUGCCACUAAACAUGGAGUGGUCGGCUUCACUCGAGCAAUGGCUGCUGCCUCUACUGCCGCAGGCUACGGUGUUCGAUUCAACGCCGUUUGCCCAGGUUUUGUCCAAACUGAACUCUUGACAGGCCUGUCGAACAAAUUGGGACAAUUCUCCCAACUGGCUGAUGAAUUCCAAAGAAAUGCAGAAAAAAGCACGUUAACUGUGUCUGAAGUAGCUGAUUGCCUCCUCGAGCUGGUGACGGAUGAGACCAAGAAUGGAGAGGCCUUACAAAUUAGAUACAAUGGAAAGAAAUACAUGACAUUUCCUGUUUUUACCUAAUAGGUAACGAUUAUACAGUCGGACCAACAAAACAAAGCCCACCAACUGAAUCCUGUAAUGUUUCACACUGCACUAACUCAAUCCUGUAAUGUUUCACACUGAACUAAUCUGCUUAAAAAUGUUUCAUCAUGGUAUAAUAAUCACCAGUACUUCACCAGUCAUGUGAAAAAUGAUCUGUUAAAUCCUUACACAUCUGAUCAUAUUCUAGAUGAUAUAACAUGUUUGUUUUAAGUGUUUUUUAUAUGUAUAGUCUACAAAAAUAACAAUCUGAUUUUAUUAAUAAAUGAAUAAAACCUUACAUAACUCUGUCUUUCCUUUCAGUCAGUCACUUAAAAAUCUUCAAGAAGCAAAUAUUGCUUGCUUAGGCUUUGCCAUCUGACUCUAUUUGAAUAUUUUGCAUAAUAAAGGCAGCAAACGUAAUACUGUGAUUUUAAAAGAGGUUAUGCCUCGCAAUGCCAGUGGUAAUCUGUCCGCUCAUUCCUUUUGCCUUCCUGUUAAUGCAUGUUUGUUCUCUCUGUAAACAGACCCAGGAAAUAUAAGUCACUUGUACAUCCACCCUGAUCAUUAUCCAUCACACAUCGUCUGUUUUUAUUCAUUUGGUUAUUUGAUUGAUUUAUAUACUGCACUGUCUUGUUUAUGUCUCUUAUG